AUGGUAAUAACAUGGGUGCGACGGCAGCCUCCGAAGGUCAAGGCGUUUCUGGCGGUGGUGGCUGGGAUGACGGCCCUGGUUUUACUUCGAUUCAUCGUACACGAUCACGAUAACCUCUUUGUGGCUGCUGAGGCUGUUCACUCCAUUGGAAUCUCUGUGCUUAUUUAUAAGUUAAUGAAGGAGAAAACUUGUGCUGGGCUAUCACUGAAAACUCAGGAGUUGACAGCCAUCUUCUUAGCUGUAAGGUUGUACUGCAGCUUUGUAAUGGAAUAUGAUAUACAUACCAUACUGGAUUUAGCUACGUUGGCGACAACCCUGUGGGUUAUUUAUAUGAUCCGUUUUAAACUGAAGUCAAGUUACAUGGAAGAUAAGGACAACUUUGCAUUAUAUUAUGUGGCGGCACCCUGUUUUGUUUUGGCUUUGCUUAUUCAUCCAUCAACAUCUCAUCAUCUACUAAACCGGAUCCUCUGGGCAUUCUGUGUAUACCUGGAAGCUGUUUCUGUGCUUCCUCAGCUAAGGGUCAUGCAAAACACAAAGAUCGUUGAGCCCUUCACUGCUCAUUAUGUAUUUGCAUUGGGUGUCGCAAGGUUUUUGAGCUGUGCCCAUUGGGUUCUCCAGGUUUUAGAUACUCGUGGACAAUUGUUGGUAGCCUUGGGGUAUGGAUUAUGGCCUUCUAUGGUUCUUAUCUCAGAAAUCGUCCAGACUUUCAUCUUAGCAGAUUUCUGUUAUUAUUAUGUGAAAAGUGUAUUUGGAGGCCAGCUUGUUCUCCGUCUUCCCUCUGGAGUGGUGUAA